CCGCACACACGGAGCCGUGAUGGGGUGUCAGCGGCGCCGCUCCCCGGCCUCUGGAGCCCGUCUGCUGCCGCGUCUGCUCUGCCUGAUGUGCUUCUCGGUGGUUAUUCUGGCAGAGAACACGGAGAUGGUGAAUGUAGUGACGGAGAGGAAGGCGGAGGAGAGUCACCGGCAGGACAGCGCCAAUCUGCUUAUCUUUAUCACGCUGCUCACCAUCACCAUCCUCACCAUCUGGCUCUUCAAACACCGCCGCUUCAGGUUCCUGCACGAGACCGGCUUGGCCAUGAUUUAUGGUUUGUUUGUGGGCGUGAUUCUGCGAUUUGGUGUCCAUUCGCCACAGGACACGAGCGAAGUCACUCUGAGUUGUGCAGUGAACAGCAGUCCCACCACAAUCCUGGUGAACGUAAGCGGCCGAUUCUACGAGUACAGCCUGAAAGGAGAGGUGCAGGACAGCAAGGGCCACGAUGUGCCCAAUGCAGAGAUGCUCAGGAAGGUUACUUUUGAUCCUGAGGUUUUCUUCAACAUUUUGCUUCCACCCAUCAUCUUUCAUGCAGGAUACAGUCUAAAGCGAAGGCAUUUUUUCAGAAAUUUGGGCUCCAUCCUCUCCUACGCCUUUGUGGGCACAAUGACAUCAUGCUUUGUUACAGGGUUGGCGAUGUACAGCUGUGUGGUGUUCAUGAAAAUCAUCGGUCAGCUUGGAGGAGAUUUCUUUUUCACCGACUGCCUUUUCUUCGGUGCUAUUGUAUCUGCUACAGAUCCAGUGACUGUUCUGGCCAUUUUCAAUGAGCUGAAAGUUGAUGUGGAUCUCUACGCACUCAUGUUCGGUGAAAGCGUCCUGAAUGAUGCUGUGGCUAUCGUCCUGUCAUCAUCAAUAGUGGCGUACCAGCCUGAAGGAGACAACAGACACACAUUUGAUGCCAGCGCCCUGCUCAAGUGUCUGGGUGUUUUUCUGGGAGUUUUCAGUGGCUCUUUUGCAAUGGGGGCUGCAACUGGAGUCAUGACAGCUCUGGUCACAAAGUUCACCAAACUGAGAGAUUUCCCAUUGCUGGAAACGGCCCUGUUCUUCCUCAUGUCCUGGAGUACCUUCCUAUUAGCCGAGGCCUGCGGUUUCACAGGUGUGGUGGCAGUGCUCUUCUGCGGCAUUACUCAGGCUCAUUAUACAUACAAUAACCUUUCAGUCGAAUCAAAGAGCAGAACCAAACAGUUGUUUGAGCUGCUGAAUUUCCUGGCUGAAAACUUCAUCUUCUCCUACAUGGGCUUAACACUCUUCUCCUUCCAGCACCACGUCUUCAAUCCCUUCUUCAUCAUAGGCGCUUUUGUGGCCAUAUUUCUUGGUAGGGUGGCUAAUAUUUACCCCUUGUCUUUCCUGUUAAACCUGGGCCGCAAGAACAAAAUCCCAUCUAACUUUCAGCAUGUCAUGAUGUUUUCAGGACUCAGAGGAGCAAUGACGUUUGCGCUCUCAAUACGGGACACUGCGACGUACGCCAGACAGAUGAUGUUUUCCACCACACUACUGAUCGUGUUCUUCACUGUGUGGGUCUGCGGUGGUGGAACGACCCCCGUGCUGUCGCUUAUGCAGAUUCGAGUGGGAGUGGACACAGAACAAGAUAAUUCGGCUACAGCGGCGGACGGGAUGACACAGAGAAGUACCAAGCAUGAGAGCGCCUGGCCUUUCAGACUGUGGUAUACUUUUGACCACAAGUAU